GUCUGUUUUUAUGGUCCCGCCCCUUAUGGCGUCUCACCGAUAUUCGUCCGCCCGGGUUGAGGUUUUCUUCAGCUAACCGAGGGCUGCCACCAUGACUGCCCGGGUUCUAGUCGGUGUAAAGCGGGUUAUUGACUACGCCGUAAAGAUACGAGUGAAGCCUGACAACACCGGCGUGGUGACGGAUGGCGUGAAGCACUCGAUGAACCCUUUCUGCGAGAUCGCAGUGGAGGAGGCUGUCAAGCUGAAGGAGAAAAAGCUGGUCAGUGAGGUUGUAGCUGUCAGCUGUGGACCUCAGCAAGUGCAGGAGACCAUCCGCACAGCGCUGGCUAUGGGGGCGGACCGCGGCAUUCACGUGGAGGUCUCCGGAAAGGACUACGAGUCUCUCGGGCCUCUGCAGGUGUCCAAGGUCCUCGCCGCUUUGGCCAAGAAGGAAGACGCUUCACUCAUCAUCCUCGGGAAACAGGCCAUCGACGAUGACUGUAAUCAGACGGGUCAGAUGACAGCCGCUCUGUUGGACUGGCCCCAGGGGACCUUCGCCUCCGAGGUGGCGUUCGAGGGAGAUAAGCUGAAAGUGGUGCGCGAGAUCGACGGAGGACUGGAGACGAUUAAAAUUAACAUGCCUGCUGUGGUCACUGCUGACCUGCGGCUCAACACUCCCCGAUACGCCACGCUGCCUAACAUCAUGAAAGCUAAGAAAAAGAAGAUCGCCAACAUGAAGCCGGGAGACCUGGGAGUGGACGUGAGCUCUCGGUUGGAGGUGCUGCGGGUGGACGAGCCUCCACAGAGGCAGGCUGGAGUGAAGGUGGAGUCGGUGGAGGAGCUGGUGAGCAAACUGAAGGAGGCAGGAAGGAUAUAAAGGCCAAGGGAGCAGAUGGAGCAGUGCUCAUAGUCACCGAGCUUUUCUUCUCACCACAAAUACUGACUCGUCUCAUCCCUCUCGCCGAUCCUCUGACCAGCCGGCUGUCGCAGUGUCUGCUCCCUUCUGUAUCCCGACACCAUCAUUAUUUCUAGUCCUGGCCCUUACAACCCUCACGCCGGUCUUUGUAGCAAUUUGUCUGCUGUGUUCCACCCGGACUGAGAGACACUUUCUCACAUAAGGAUACUGAUCUCGGAUCAGAUUUUGCUUCCUGUUUGAUAUUGUAUUAAAUGUUCAGAAUUCAGACUGCUGAUCUAGGAACAGUUUUUGCUUUGUAAGCUGUGUUCAUUUUGGAAACCGUACUAGAUCCAGCAUGAAGAUUUAAUCAUACUCGUAUCAUAUUAACUCGUCCAUUUUGCGUCAGAAUAUACUGAAUGACUCCUUUGUCUUUAUGAUGCGUCUCUGGUCCUGCACUCUUUAUAAAUAAAGGGCAUUUCUACGAAACACCACAUAAAAUCUCUUCUGAACUGUAGAUAAAUCACACAAGUACAUUUUCAGCUUGUAUAGUUGGUACUCUGUAUAGAGUGUCUCUCAGCUUGGACCAGAACUGAAGAAAUGAGCUGUUUUUUUAAUCACAUGCGAUUUCACUAUUGAGUUUUGAUUGUACAGUAUCUAACUGUGGGAAAUAAAAUCUCUGUCCUUUUGA